AUGAAUACUUCAACUGAAAAAAGUCUUUUCAGGUCGGAAGUAUCGCACGCCGUUGAAAUGUAUUUUAUAGAAUUCAUAGAUCGUGUGUUCGGAUACGCUAGGAAUGCGUACGUUGAGUUUUUACAAAAACAUUUUGCAGAUUACAAUAUUUCUGCCAACGAUAUAAGAGAUUUUGCCAAUUUCUUGGCAGAAGAUGUAGUGGAUCUAGCCGGCGUCGUAGUCCUAGGUAAGAACCACAAAAAGAAGAAGUGGACAGAGCAGUUUCGAUCAAUAUCUAUUGAACUACUUUAUAAAAAUCUCAAGGAGAUGCAAAUAUCGUACUUCUCCACAUUACCAAGAGAGAAUAUGUUUUACAGGAGUUGCUACCAAGAGACCUAUUUCGGAGGAGAUAUCCAUCACACGGACACAUGCUUCAAGGAAGGUGCUCAUACAGACGUCCUAAUUGUUCCGUUUGUAGAGAAAUUUUCUUUGAAUACAAGUUGUCCGGUAUGUUUCGAAGAUUAUGAUGAAGGAAAAUUCAUUUAUGAAAUGUCGUGUGGACAUUCAAUUGAUUGCGGAUGUGCUGAAGACUGGUUCGUGGAGAAGUCAGUUUGCCCAUAUUGUUCAAGAAAGGUGAAGGCUGUUGUUGAAACAAGUCGCCAGGCACAUGUAAGCUGGGAUGAGAAUGACGAAAUAACUGUUGACAUAUAUCUAACAACAAAACCGUACGACAGAAAAAAAAUUGAUUAUGGAAUGGAUGCUGGAUGA